GAAUAGGUGGCCAUCUCUCACACCAUUGAGCUGGGACUUCCAGGCUUUGCCUUCCUCUUGCUGCAUCCGAGAACCAUUUCCACCCGCAACAUGAGCCGCCAAUUCAAUUGCAAACCAGGAGUCUAUGCCAAGGGAGGCUUCAGUGGCUGCUCAGCCGUGCUUUCUGGGGUUACCGGCAGCAAACUGGGCAGCUCGUCCUCUUACCAGGCAAGAAACAAAGGGCUUGGGGGAAACUUUGGCAGUCGAAGCCUCUACAGCCUUCGAGGGAGCCGGAAUAUCUCAUUCAACGUGGCUGGUGGAAGCGGAUUGAGCGGGACUUAUGGAUUGAGCAGGAGUCGUCCGAGUGGCUUUGCUGGGAGCAUGUUUGGCAGUGUGGCCCUGGGACCUGCAUGCCCAGCGGUGUGCCCUCCUGGAGGCAUUCAUCAGGUGACUGUUAAUGAGAACCUCUUGGCUCCACUUAAUGUGGAACUGGACCCCGAGAUCCAGAGAGUGAGGACCCAGGAGCGGGAGCAGAUGAAAGCACUCAAUAACAAGUUCGCCUCUUUCAUCGAUAAGGUGCGCUUCUUAGAACAACAGAACCAGGUACUCGAGACCAAGUGGAACUUACUGCAACAGCUGGACCUGAGCAAUUGCAAGAACAAUCUGGAGCCCAUUUAUGAAGGCCACAUCAGCAAUCUGAGAAGGCAGCUGGAGACCCUGUCAGGGGACAGGGUGAGACUGGAUUCAGAGCUCAGGAACUUAAGGGAUGUUGUGGAGGACUUCAAGAAGAGGUAUGAGGAAGAGAUCAACAGGCGAACAGCUACUGAAAAUGAAUUCGUGCUGCUCAAGAAGGAUGUGGAUGCUGCUUACACGAAUAAGGUAGAGCUGCAAGCCAAAGUAGAAUCUCUGGACCAAGAGACCAAGUUCCUGAAGUGUCUAUAUGAAGCGGAGAUUGCUCAGAUCCAGUCCCACAUCAGUGACACAUCUGUCAUCCUCUCCAUGGACAAUAACCGAGACCUGAACUUGGAUAGCAUCAUUGAUGAAGUCAGAGACAAGUAUGAGGAGAUUGCCAUGAAGAGCAAGACUGAUGCUGAGAACCUGUAUCAGACCAAGUUCCAGGAACUGCAGUUGGUGGCCGGCCGACAUGGAGACGAUCUCAAGCAAACCAAGAAUGAAAUCUCAGAAUUGAGCCGGCUCAUCCAGAGACUUCGCUCAGAGAUUGAAAAUGUGAAGAAACAGUGCUCUAACCUAGAGCUGGCCAUUGCUGAUGCUGAACAACGAGGAGACAGUGCUCUGAAAGAUGCCCGGGCCAAACUGGAGGAGCUGGAGAGCGCCCUGCAUAGUUCCAAGGAGGAGUUGGCCCGCCUGUUGCGGGAAUACCAGGAACUGAUGAGUGUCAAACUGUCCCUUGAUGUUGAAAUUGCCACCUACAAGAAGCUACUGGAAAGUGAAGAGUGCAGAAUGUCUGGAGAAUUCCCAUCUUCUGUCAGCAUCUCUGUCAUCAGCAGUACCAGUGGAAGCAGUGGUUAUGGCUACCGGCCGAGCUCUGUCAGUGGCGGCUACUUGGCUUCCAGUGGGACCUGCCUUUCUGGAGUCUGCCCGACACGUACCAGGGAGGGCAAGAACCAAGGUUCCACUGUUGGUGACUACAAGGAUGCCCUGAGCAAAUCCUCUACCCUGGGUUCUCCCAUCAAGAAAACUAGCCGAUAGAUGUUCUGCAACGUGUUCUCCUGUUACUGUUGUCACUGGUCACUACCGUCUCAGCCCUUCAUGUCACACAUCUCUGCCCCAAACUGCUUGUCCUGGGACCCCACAAUCUUUUUGUUUUCCUAAGUCCUUAGCCUUCUCUGAAUCUGCCUGGUCCUGGGACAACACUGCAUUCCUAAACUGCUUCUUUUAUUUCUUGUUCCUCUUUCUUGGGCCUGUCAUUUAACCCCCAAACCCAUGGCCAUGUCCUGGACACAUUCAUGUCUGCUGGCCCCCUCUCUGCUCUCUGCAACUGGAACUUCAGCUAUUAUGGACCUCCUUCUCUCUGGAUCUGCUCAGCUCCUCUGGUCACCUAGCCUGUGCCCUCUUGGGUCCCAGAACCCACUGGUCCUGAGACUCCUGGAGCUCAGGAGUCAAAUAGUAGAUGCCCUUCUAUUCUAACUCCAUCUUGACCAUCCACUGAUUCUGGACUUAGAAAGGGUAAAAAGGGCCAGGAGUGACUUGGUCAUCCCUUGUUUAAACUUACCUGUUCACUUUUAGCUAUAUUAAGUGUAAUCCAGAUCCAUGGAAAGUUUUUCAUAUAUAUGUAUAUAUGGCUUUCCCCAGCUUUCUUUCAUUCUUACUUUCUAACAUAUCUCAAUAAAUAGCAAAAUCAAUAUUA